AAUUUCUUUACAUUUUAUGUUUGUUUUACAAAUUAGAAUCCGUAGCAGUAUUUCGCCCGUCCAACUAUUUUUAAUUAUUUUUAUGCAAUGUAAUUUUUUGAUAUGUUUGACCAAGCAAGUCCAUGGCUGUCGUUUGGUUAUUCGGACAAGAAGAAACCGCAACUAAAAGUUGAUAAUUUAGCUCUAGAUCACCAACACAAUCGGCAGAAUGAUCACAAAACUUUGGGACCCACCCUAAUGGGUCCGAACAAGCGACAAGAGAAGCAGAAGCGCCGAGUGAUGGAGGCUGUCCACAAGAGGAUGCUAGAGAGAAGAGUAACGACACAGCGUGAAUUUCUCCAAGGUUUCAAUCACGAAUAUAUCGAAUCUAUUAUCAGUCAAGAACCGAGCAAUGAACUUUAUCUUCACAAGUUUUUUAACAGCCAAGGUGAUGAAUCUGGCUUUGUAAGUGAUGAAGGAACCUUUAGUGUUAAAUCUGAUAAACGUAACUAUCAAAGAAGAGUUACCCCAAGGACUAGACCUAGACCCCAAAGUGCACCCUUUGCACGACGGAAUCAUUUAAUGAAAGAAACAAAGUUUGAUGCUGCAAUAAUACCAAUAAGUAGCGGAGAAAGUACAGCUGCAGGUGAUCAUAUGAGACCAGCUUCAGCACAAGUUUACAGAAGGAACAGCAGGGCAGGUUGUGAACAUUGUCCAGUAGAUUGCCGUCCAUUAUCCAGCAGUUCACAUCGUCCUACUUCAUCAACUGGUUUGCAAGUCACUAAUGGUCCUUCCCACUUCCAUUAUUAUCAUUACAAUCGGUACUUGAGAUACCAACGACCCAAGUCAGCUAUAGCCAUGCGACGUGAAUACUUAGAAUCAUCCAAGCGUAAUAAGCCAGAAGUUUCUCCGCGCUUCACUUUCAUUGUGAGGUCGUGUAAAGUUUACGACAAACCAAACAGUACUGAACAUAAACCACCACCGACUACUGCUACAGUAAAAGAAGCUUGGACUGAACCUGAACCUGAAGUACCUCAUGCUCGGAAUAUGGUAAGCAUAGAUACAUUACAUGAAGACAUUCCAGCUACUGAAGUUCAGGAUGAACCAACUCAACUUGCGGAUGAAAUAACACAAGUUAAUGAAGAUGAUGAACUUGACGCUGGUGUCCGACUACAAGCUGAAGUAUCUUACCAGCUCGCCACAGAUGAUGAAGGGGAAAACAUUAAAGUAGAUAAUGCAGAGAUUCCUAGAGCACCGACACCCACACCUAUUCAAUCAAGACCUGAAUCUCCUGAGGUUGAAAAACAAGAUCUUCUCCCAGUUCCUCCUAUCAUUUAUCAGAGCACAGAUUUGCUUAGUGGUCGAACCAACGCAGCAUACGCAACAGUGGAGAUGGAUGGUAGCGAAGAGUCCGUAGAUUUUGGAGGAAUUCGUGUCGAAAUACGAACUCCUGAACCACUUCCAGUGAAACGGGUACCUGUACCUACUGUGCAGAAAGUUGAUAUUGUCGGACCCAGAGAAGAGUUGGUUUUGUCUCCAGAUAUUCCUGAGAUCGUGGAUCCCAUAGUUUCGGAUGAAGAAUAUGGGAAUAAUGAUGAUGAUGAAGUGAUAAAAGUUGAAAUUGACAAGUCUCCGGUCUCCAUCUUAAAACAUGAUGAUAAUCAUGCAAGAGACAAAAGUCCUCCACGCGUGACGUUCCUUGUUCCCAAUGAUGAGCAUAGUGACAUCACUCCUCAACAUGAUGUCAUCAAAGUAGAAGACCCUCCAGUCAAAGUAGAUGUGGAAAAAACAGAUGUAUCAGAGAAACUAGUUGACCCACCUCCAUUACCCCCGGGACCAACCAAGGUUAACACAGAGCUAGUCUUCAAGGAAACUAAGCAGGAAAUUAAGCCCACUCCCACUCCUCCUGCUCCUUCUCCCACUCCUCCUGCACCUCCUUUAUACGAAGAACCGAACGACGAAGACGUCCGGAAGUUGCUCUUACCUCCCGACCUCUCGGAGUUUAAAGUUCCUUCGGACCUCACCUACUCCGCUUCCGCGAAGAAAAAGUCCAGGAAAUCUCUCUCUCCUGGAAGAAAGAAGAAGAAAAAGAAAAAGAAGAGAGAAAGGAAAGAAGUUCCGAAGAAAGAACCGGAGCCAUUAUUCGAAUACGAUCCAAACGCCCCCGACCCUAUUGAAGAAGCACGUCGUGAAAUAAUGAACAGACGAGGAGAUAACACCGACCUUGCUGCUGCAGUCGUCAGCAUGAAGUUAUUUGACGAACAAUGCAAAGAGAAAAUAAAGAACCAACCGUGGUUGUUCGGUCGUAUGGCGUUAUCGCGUAAUAUUUGUAGAUUCUGGAUUCCUAUGGACGUAAGAGAACUUGAAGGUCUUUCACCCGCUCAGUAUUUAUCCAAAUAUUGCGUCAUCACUAAACGUCGUUUCAAGUUAUAUUCACAAGCAUUCGAUCGGCAGCUACAGAAGAGGAAAUCCAAGGACACAUCAGUCGAAGUGAAAACAACUCUAGACAUUAAAGAAUGUGAGCGGGCGCUUCGUGACGUACACUCGAAUUGCAUCAAUGACGAACAAGUGUCUCAUGUUCGUGACCUUGUGUGUAUUAAUAACAAAGAUACGAAGGGAAAUGUAUCCAGGAUUAAUUCUGCUCUCUUCUGUCAAAUAUGUGCACUCACUGAGCGUCUCUUCUAUUCACAUUUUGUAACCGAGGACAAUGACGACGAGAUGACGUCACAGAAGCAAAGAAUCGAAGACGCAGAUUUCGACGGGUUAGAAUGGAAGCUUAGAGGGGUAGCGAUCACUAAAGAACUUCGACGACUUUUAUUUAAUUUGUAGCGAUGACGUAAGAAACUACGUCACGACAUGACGUUACGAAUGCAGUGAAACAUCUAAUGUUACAAAAGUCCUUUUCACAAAUGCAGUUAUGCUCCCACACCAACACUGUGUUUUUACUUAUCUACUAUUCGUUCCAUAGUUUUUGCUUCAUAUAUUUAAUAUACGUUUUCUUGC